UGAGAAAUAAUUUGAAUUUGCAUUUAUAAAAAUUAAUGAAAAAUUAUGCUAAAAAAGUUUUGUCCCCUUAAAAUUCAAUAAGAAGCAGAAGCUGACAAAAGUCAAAACCCAUGACUAAAGCUCUUUCCGCUGGGGCAUAAACCCUAAACUCUCCCGCUCAUCUCGUCUUCCUCUGGUGCGAACCAUGCUGUCCCCAAUUUUCCUCCAACUUCCCAGAACCAUCUCAGACCAACUCCGAACCCGAAUUUUUGCUCGGCUUAUGGGUGGGGGUCCACGGACCUUCCCUGGCGGCCUAAACAAAUGGCAGUGGAAACGCCUCCACGAGAAAAGAGCUAGGGAGAAAGAGAAAAGACUACUCGACCAAGAGAAACAACUAUACCAAGCCCGAAUCCGCUCUCAACUCCGUGCCAGACUCGCCGGAAAACCUGACCUGGAUCCCAACUCGGAUACGGACACUUCUUACGGCCCUAUGACCCCCAAGGACCAAAUCAAAGCCCUUGCUGAUCGUUUCAUGACAGAAGGAGCUGAAGACUUAUGGAAUGAAAACGAUGGUCCGUUGAAAACUCCGUCGCCCAAAUCAAUUGAAAGGCCAAGAUCCAUUGGGCUGAAUCAACGGCCGGGAUCGAUCAAUUCGCCCAUUGAUUUGAGGAAACUGAUGUUAGAGGCUCGUAAUGAAUCGCAUAAUUGCCAAAGUUUUAGCAAGGAUUAUAAUUACAUCAAAGCAAGGGAUUAUUCAGUGCAGAGAUGUUCAUAUAACAUGGCAUUUUCUUCGAGUUCUUCCAGCGAUGACGAGGAUGAAAAUUAUGGAUUUGAUUCCUUUAACGAGGGGGAAAGGCAAGGGGAGAUCUGGAAUGGAGCUGCUUUGAGGAAGUAUGAUACGAAAAUAACGAAAAGAGUUCCACUGAAGGAGCUUGAGAAGGAGUCGGAUUUUGCGAGUUGGCUGAAAAUGAUGGAGAAAAGAGUGAGACAGGCGAGGAAGAAUCGAUUCUCUGUCAGAGAAGGUGAAGGAUUCCAUGUCAAAGAUUGAUAGUUGUGUCAAAGAAGCAGGAUGUCAUGUUUGGCUAGGUUAUCAUAAUUCAAUCAGGGAAAUCUGCAGGGACAAAACAAUGCAUGUUGAGAUAUAGCUAAUCGAUUUCUCAGUCAAUAGGUUUACAAAGGCCCCCUCCUUUGUUCAGGAAAACAGUACUAAAGAUGGGUUUGAAAGACAUCCCUGGCAUACAAAUUCGAGCAUGACAAUAACUGGGAGCCAGGUAUACUAACUUCUGCAUCAUGCGGCUAGCGUGAAAAGGGACUGAGAAUUAUUGCAAAAAGACCAGGUUCAACUUUUAUUCAGCCUGAAAUGUUUAUGCAUGCUAGGCUGCUUCCUUUUUUAUUUUCUGCGGCUAGCGUGAAAAGGGACUGAGAAUUAUUGCAAAAAGACCAGGUUCAACUUUUAUUCAGCCUGAAAUGUUUAUGCUUGCUAGGCUGCUUCCUUUUUUAUUUUCUUGGUACUGUAAGGUCUUCCAAGCUUUGUCUUGCCAUUUUGAAGAGUUCCUGUUGCAUUAAUUUGCAUCACUUGAUUAAUAUAUUAGGAUAGGGUUCGGAUAAGGAACAAAGAUCUAAUGGUGGUUUCACUUUGUACCACCAUGAAUUGAUUUAUGCAAUGUUGUAUGUUCAUCUUCAUGAUUUUAUAGAUUGAUUAGUUGAUGAUCUUGAGCUGC